GAGAGGAGUCAGUUUACCCGUGAACGACAAUCGAAGUACAGUAUUGAGAAUUUUGACCGCUCGAAGCGAACCGGCAAUAACAUUUUUGACCGUCAAUGGUGGAUUUGGAGUUUAUGUGCAAGAUGACAUUUGAAGAUCUAACUGGGGAUAUUUCUGCAGAAAGAAUGGACUCAGUGGCGAAAGCUUUGGAGGAGGUUCUCAGUUCUGCAUUACCACAAGGUUGCAUCACUGUCGGCGUGUACGAGGCAGCAAAGUCGUUGAAUGUCGACCCGGAUAACGUGGUUCUGUGCGUGCUGGCUACGGAUGACGAGGACGUGAAGGAUGUGGCGCUUCAGAUCCACUUCACGCUUAUCCAGGCGUUCUGUUGCGAGAACGACAUUAACAUCCUGCGGGUCAACAACACCCACCGCCUGGCUGAGAUACUAGGGGGAGGCAAGCAGGGAGGAGAGCCCCUGGACCUGCACUGUGUCCUGGUAACUAGCCCCCACUCCUCAACCUGGAAGGACCCAGCCCUGAGCAAGGUGAACCGCUUCUGCAGGGAAAGCCGCUGCAUGGACCAGUGGGUUCCCUUCAUCAACCUCCCGGAGAGAUGAGCUCUGGCACCAGAACCACCACCUAGAACCUGGACCUGGACCAGGCCGGGACUGGAACAACUCUACACCCAGGGGACAGGGGCUCCCUGACGGACUCUACCCCAGAGUACAGCGCCCCCUACCUCCCAGAGGGGUGGGGGGGUUAAAACGACAAUAGAAGAAAAAAGGAAAGGAACGUCGAUUCGAAGGGAGGAGUAAAAAGUGACGUCCUCCAGGACGGCUGCAGUUGGGUAUUCAAGCGCCAUGGCAACCAAGGUGUCACCAUGAUGACAAGGGACAUUUUUUGUAUUUUUUUCUUUUUUUUUAAUUGUCCGGGCGUCAGGAACUGUUUAUUUUUUAUUUUUUAUACGGAGUCCGUGCUGUUUUAUAUUUAAAAAAAAACCUAAAUGUGACGUUAAAAACAAACUUGUGCCGGAGGGGGAAAUCAUGUGUGGAAGCUGGGAGUCGCCACUUCACCUUCGGUUCAGACCGAGCACAGGUGUGUCCUAACAGGUGUGUCCUAACAGGUGUGUCCUAACAGGUGUGUCCUAACAGGUGUGUCCAGAGCACCAGAGGGCCACUAUGCAUUAACUGGGAAACAGAGCACUUGUCGAAACACUGGGUGUUUUUAGGAUUAUUCAUUUUUAUAUAUAUAUAUAUUAUUAUUAUUAUUAUUAUUCUCCAUUCACACUGUUGAUAUUGUCAGUUCUUGUCAUGAUUAUUUAAACCGGGAGAGAUAAAGGGAACGGAAACGUCAUCCAAUGACAGGAAAGAUAUGAAGACACAGAAUACAUUCAAUGUUUCCAAUUUGCCAUUUGUUUAUUUGAACUUUUGCCAGUCGUUUAUUUUAUUUUCGAGUAAAAUGUUGUGAAUACUUUUGUUGUGAAUACUGGUUCAUUUUAUUUACAGUUUUAAGUUAUUUCCUAUGAUAUUUAAGUGUAUUUAUGUUUAACAUUUUCUACCAUUAUCUUGCAGCGAUCUCUUUGCAAACACAUGUAUUAUUGUGGUCAAUAAAAAUAAGUAUUUUUUGGA